CAUUGAACCACCAUGCAGUCUGAGGGAAGACAGCCUGUUUUCCGAGCCUGAAGAGCAGCCGUAAACGCAGCACGGCUCCGGCGCUAAGGGCCGGUCAGGUGACCCAGCAGCAUCAGGCCAGUCUCGGCGUCCUCGUCGCUUUGGCUCCAAUGUCGGACGUGUUUGUGUGUGAUACAAAUGGACUUUGGCAAUGCUCGAAUCUGACCGUGCGAAGCUCCGAUCAGCUGAGUCUGUGAAUGGCGCCAAAACAGGACCCUAAACCGAAAUUUCAAGAAGGUGAACGAGUCCUGUGCUUUCAUGGGCCAUUGCUAUAUGAGGCCAAGUGUGUAAAGAUCAACAUAAAGGAAAAGCAGAUUAAAUAUUUCAUUCAUUACAGUGGAUGGAACAAAAACUGGGAUGAAUGGGUUCCUGAAAGCAGAGUUCUCAAAUAUGUGGACAGCAACCUUGCAAAACAAAAAGAGCUUCAAAAGGCCAAUCAAGAUCAUUAUGUUGAGGGAAAGAUGAGGGGUUUAGCACCAAGCAAGAAGAUUGCUGCUGUGCAGCAGAAAAAUGUUGAUGUGAAAGUGAAAAAGACAAAACAGAAGAUCUCUGUGCCGGGUGAAGGUACCAGCAGUGGAGAAGCGCCCCAGGGACCACGGAAGAAGAGGGCCCGGGUUGAUCCCACUGUAGAGAGUGAAGAAAUGUUGACCAGCCGUGUGGAGGUCAAAGUGAAGAUCCCAGAGGAGCUGAAACCGUGGCUCGUUGACGACUGGGACCUCGUCACCCGGCAGAAGCAGUUAUUUCAUCUGCCUGCUAAGAAGAAUGUGGAGACUGUGUUGGAGGACUAUGCAAACUACAAGAAAUCUAAAGGAAACUCCGACAAUAAGGAGUAUGCAGUAAACGAAGUUGUGGCAGGGAUUCGGGAGUACUUUAACGUCAUGCUGGGCACACAACUUCUCUACAAAUUUGAGAGGCCACAGUAUGCUGAAAUCCUGGCUGAACACCCAGACAUGCCAAUGUCUCAGGUAUAUGGAGCUCCGCACCUGCUGCGCCUGUUUGUUCGUAUUGGAGCCAUGCUGGCUUAUACUCCUCUGGACGAGAAGAGUCUGGCUUUGCUGCUCAGUUACCUCCAAGAUUUUCUCAAGUACCUGGUAAAGAAUUUGUCUGCUCUCUUCAGUGCCAGUGACUAUGAGGUUGCGCCCCCAGAGUAUCACCGCAAGGCUGUUUGAAAGCUCUCAGCACGUAGCUCUCCUACGGAGGCGCCUUCGCUGCCUCACACACCACAUGUAAAAUAACUAGUGCUGCUUUUCUAAGUGCAGACUCGGAUGAGAUUUUUCACUUGAACUGAUACACUUCCCUCACAAAUGUCUCAGGAGCUUGUCUCGCAGAGUCUAAAUUCAAACUUUUUUUGGCUAAAAUUCUCUUUUCUCUGUUAUAUUUCUUUGAAAUGACAUCAGAAAAAGAAAAGGAUGUGUCUCAGAAGUGUAUUUGUUUUACCAAGCAUUUCAUUGGUGUCUCUGCAUUCCUCUGAUAGGUAUUCAUUACUGUUGCAUGUGUGUAUUUAUUAGUAUUUGUUUUGCCACGAGGUGCAGCUCACUGCUGGACCACAUGGUCAGCACUCAGCAGUUAAUGAUUUUGUAUUUGUACUUUGUGUGUUUGUAUCAGUUUGUAAAAAGAAAUGUUUCUACACAUA